CAGCAAAUGAACUCUGACAAGGUAAAUUACCUAACUGCCAUCCCAGCCACCUCUAGAAUCCUCCUCAAUUAGUAGGUUUCCUGUUAAUACUAAUUCUGUGUAGUGUUCACUUCACUUGAUCACCCUGAGUCAAUCUGAAGUGGGCUCCUAUCCCCAUCUUAAACUCCCUCUCCUUGAUCAGGAGGAAAAGGAGACAGCCGCAACCCAGGAUGAGCCCCGUAGGGUGAGCACCCUGGAGCCAGGCAUGCUGGAGAAGAUGGUCAACCUCCUGGUACCUCUCCACCAGAAGGAGGAUCCCUUCUUUGUGCCAGCCUUCCUGUUGACUUACAGAAGGUUUACCACAACUGGGCAAGUGUUGGACCUUCUUUUUAAUAGGUAUGCACAUUUCCAACCUAACAGUGAGGAGGAUGAGCAAGUAAAGAACACCCUGUGUUCCAUGCUCGCCAUGUGGCUGGACAGAUAUCCUGACGAUUUCUGCCAGUCCAAGGACCUGGACAACCUGAACAAGUUGAUGGCCUACGUGCAGCUCCACAUGCCCUCCUCAGACCUCGUAAUGCGUGGAUACCUCCUCCUCACCCAGCUGGAGGAGCAGGACAGCAAGAAGGCUGACCAAGACGGAGAGCAUUCCUUAGAUCCUGGGCUGCACACAGCACCUGCUCCUGAGGUCAAGGCCGAGGACGGGUCCGGGAUGGCAGCAGAUGUGGCACCGGAACCCGCUGCUUCACCUGCCGCACAAGAAGACCUGGUGCCUCCACAGGACUCUGUGCCCCACAUCGUGGUAGUGCAGUAUGUGCCCUCUGUGACGAUAUGUGAAGACCUUAUCAGUAGUGAUUGUGUACUUGUUCACAAUCAACUCUACAUUAAACACAACCUGACUGCAUUGUGCAAAUACAUCAUUGAAAGUGUCAAGGAAAAUAACUAUAAAUUCUGUUGA